AUGAGCGAAGAGGCGAAAAAUUUCACAAAUGGCAAUGAUGGGAACACAAGUGAUUGGUUGGUACAUAUGCCGGGCGCAGAAGGUGCGGGGGCAUCAAAUCACUCACGAAAUCACUACAGUCUUCACUCAUUAUUAACCGAAGAGGAUCGACGAGAUGAUCUUCUUGUUGUCUCGAUUUGGCUCUUGAUGCUCACUUAUUCCCUCGUCUCAAAUGUUUUGAUAUUGAUUGGGAUUUUGAGGAAUACGAAUAUGAGAAUGGCAACGAGUUACUGGUUUAUCAUUUCACUGGGUAUUUGUGAUAUUGUGAUGUCAUUGAUUUCAUUGGUUCAUUUAGUUCCCGCCACUGCGUUUCAUUCAGCAUAUGUCGAGUUCCAUUCAUAUCGGAACAUUUUAAUGAUCUUUUUUUACGAUCUCUUCUGGUAUACAGCUGUUCUCCAAUUGGGUCUAAUGGCCUGUAAUCGAUUUGUCAGCAUCGUCUACCCGAUGGAGUACAAGAGAAUGUUUUCCAGAAAACGAUCGAUAGCCAUUUUAUUCUUUGGCUAUUUUCUGGGCUUCCUCGUUUCACUGCCGACUUUAUUCCCUUGUUGUCACACUCUAUGGCACAGUAACUACUAUAUCACUGUUUAUGAUCCAAUGGAUACAUGGUACAAGUACGUGGAUAUGGCUGUAAACUCACUGUCAUUGAUAUUAAUGAUCUUUUCCUAUGCUGUGAUCAUUUAUAAAGUUCGAGAAAGCGGAAGAGCGAUGGCAAAAUAUCAGUUGACAAUUAGGACAAGGCAACAAAAUGCUUUGAUGAACGGAUUGGGUGUUACGGGUGGAGCUGCUGUGGCUGGGAAUGGAAUGGUUCCAUCUCCGUGUGCUCGAAUGUGUUCCGUUAGGCCGCCAAGGAGUCAAGUCAGCAAAAAGGAGAUGAGACUAUUCAUUCAGUUUUUCGUCGUUUCCUUGGUUUUUCUCCUCACAUGGACCACAUGGCAAUGGUUGCCGCAUAUGUCGACAUCAAAAUGGGCAUUUUUCGCGAUGACAUCUCUCUUUUUCAUCAACAACAGUGUGAAUCCAACAGUUUAUCUCAUAUUCAACUCUCAAUUGAGACGAGAAUUGCAUUAUCUUCUUUGCCGACAACAUGCAAUUGCUGUAAAUCAACAGAAGAAGAAACGGACAAACGGAUUUGAUUAUAAUAAAAAUGCUAUGAAAUGCAACGUGAUGGAUGAUGGAUCAUUGAGAAGAGUUCGGGAGAAUGGACACUCGAAUUCACAAAGCAGCAAAACGAGUACAACAGAUGAACAAUUGGAGAGACUGCAUCAAAAACUUUUGGAAUCAACCUUGACCACUGACUUGACCUUGACCGCUUUA